CCCCCGCUUCCUGUGAUUGAGUAGUUGUGAUGUUUAUCGUUUGGUUGGUAUAUGUUGUCCUUUCAAAUAUACACAGGUGAAACGUAAUGGCUGCUCUGUUAGUUUGAAAAAGAAGGAAGAGAUCUGUAUAUAUGCGUUAUUCUAAGGAACGCAUAAUAGUUUGCGUUUGGAUUUCCUUGUAAUUUAAUGCCUCAUAAACAAAUGGAUUCUGUAUUCAUUUGUAAUGUCUACACUCCUGUUGUAUGAUCGAAUAGGAUAGCAUUGGUAUGGAGAGAAGAAUAGCCUUAAUAUUAAUUUGCCUCUUCCCUUUUAAACUGGUCUCAAAUGUGCAGUCAUACAACUUUGAAACCAAUAUCUCAAGCAGAAUCAAUUUAACUGGGUAUGCACAAACAAGUUCGGCCAGCGAAGCAUAUGCAGCGUAUAACAUCAUCGUCGGUGAAGAAAAUUCGACACUAAGGUUGAUCGCCGCAGCGCCAAAGUUUAAAAAUGGAACUUCUUCUGGUGCAAUUCUAGAUUGCGUUUCUGUCCUUAAUUCAACAACAGACUGGGUAACAGAAACAAACUGUCAAUCAUUAAGCAGUCGGCAUUUCCCAUUAACUGCAAACCAAAACUCGUUCAAUGACGCGCUUGGAUUGUCACUCACUCACAAUCAAAUCUCCACGAAGCCUAAUCUUUACACGGUUUGUGCUCCUGGAAGGCAAAAGCAAUGUGGACUUGUUGAUUUGUUCAACCCUGGUGCUUGUUACGAUGUCAAUGCUUCCUCUGUUAUGUUGAGGAACUGGGGUGAAUUCCAAUGUUUUCAAAAUUUUCUGGACGUGGUGUUCGUGAUUGACAGUUCAAAUUCUAUCUCGGAUAGUGAUUUCACAAUCGUAAAAAACGUUCUGAAUGACAUAGCAAAUUCGUUUGCUGCUACUUUGGGCGACAGUGUUCAGAUUGGAAUUCUGCUUUAUGGCAACGCUGAUAAUGUAAAUAUUGCAUAUGACGCAAGCACAACCAUUUACUACACGCCGACCAAGCUUGGCGAAUGCAUGACAGUUGCUUGCUUUAAAACUGCCAUAAACUCAAUUACGCACCUGAAAGCUGCAAACACUUACACGGCAUUGGCAAUUGAGCGUGCGGUCAAGGUUGAGUUUGCGGAAUCGAAAAACAAAGAUAAAGCAGUGAAGAUUUUGGUUUUAAUCACUGAUGGGAGCGCCUCAGAUAGUUAUUUGCUACAAAGAAGCUUUGGUAUCUCGAGCACUAACAAUGUGACUGUGUAUUCUGUGGGUGUUGGAGCUAACGCAUCUGUCGCUGAACUUUCAAUUAGUGCCAACGGUGGAGUGGAUACGACCACUCGAGUACUAUCCACGUCAAACUAUGUCGAACUACCUGCUGUUAUCUUAAACUUAACGGACGCCAUUUUUUCUUCAUCUCUUAUUGAAGGGCAAGAAAGCAAUGGUACCAACCAAAGAACGUUGGAAAACGCAAAUUUUGGAUUUUCCGGUCAUUCUGAUAAGGUAUGAAUUAUGGCAUGCUGCAUGUUUAUAUUGUUUUUUGUUAUUUGUGUUUGUCACAUCAAGCAAUACAACACAAUCGAACGAAGCCAUCAUUGACAUAUAAAAGGUUUGUGUUAAAUUGAUAAAUAAUAUGAAUAAAUGAUAUUACUUAUUUACCCUCUUUUGGAAAAAAAAACCUUUUGCGAAUUCUUACGAAUGUGAGUGUGUUUCUGACUGCCAUAAUAAUAUUUAUAUUUGUCAAUUUGGACAUUCUUUUAUGUUUGGGUUUCUUAACAAAGUGAAUCUUCAUGUUCACAUUAUUAAAUAAAGUGUCGAGUAAAACCGUGACUGCUAAACUUACCGUAAAGUAUAAUCAAAGCGUAUAUACUAAUAUAUAUGCUUUGGUAUAAUUUAACUUACAUUAUAAGCUGUAUUUAAUCAAAACAAAUUAAGACGUACUUGAAAGUAAAGACAUGACCCGUACAAUGCUGGAGUCGGCUUCAGAGAAGUUUGAUUUUGUGGGGGACGGCUAGCAAGCUAAUAUACAUAUACAUCGUGUCCACAUUCCGUAGCCUCGUGACGCCGUUCCUGCUACAACGCACACGCUAUCCGACCCCGCAAAGAAAUUGCACAAUAAUGUAGUACAUUGUUAAGAAGAGUGACAUCGAACUUUUUAGUUCAAAAAGAAUCAAAGUGCCAUGGCAAUUAUGAUCACCUCAAAAGACACCAACGACAAAAAUGCAAUGCGUUAAUGCAAAUUUCAUAAAACGUUAUUUUCAUGUGAAGGACAAGGCGCACAAUACCCACUUUCACUUAUAAUAAUGCUCCGCUUUGAUAAGUUCUUUUCAUAGCCUAUUAAAUUGUUGUUAACUAGAGUUUUAUGAUAUUGUUACUCAAAACCUAAAAAAAUUAGACAACAAUUUAGACAACGAGUUAAUAAAUUUAGACAACGAGUUGUAAAGAACAGCUGCUGCUAACCAGCAAAAUG